UUACGACAAAGUUUGGUCAGUUAACACUGGAUAUGAAAUUAUUUUUUUACAGAACUCCUUUGCUCAGGAGUUAUUUGCAGCUAAACAUGUAACAAUUUAUCACUUAUUCCGCCAUCUUUGAUGAAAUCCGUAAAAAAUUAUCUAUGGGUCACAUGACUUGUUGUGACGUCAUUGGCUGGGUUAAAACAAACAGCAAUAUAUCUUUAUACGGCGCUUGGCUGGCUUUUUAGAAAUUUUAGUAUUGUGAUGGAAAAAAUUCACGAAAACCAAGUAGACGAAGUCUUGCCUUACCAAUUUGAGCCAGAAACGGGGGCAGAAACAAGUGAUUUGAGUGAUGAAAGCGAUUCGGAACGAGGUAGUGUUUUGUCUUCGUCUGAGGAUGAAGUCGAUAACAAUUUCGAAAUAGCGAACGCGUGGCGUCUGGAAACUUUAAGUUGGUGCAAAUGUGGUCGAUGUGCAUUGUCAGCGAAAACUAUUGAGUGUUUUUGUUGCCAUGAAAAAGCAGUUGAGUAUGGCGAGUAUGAAGUUUUACUUGAUGAAACAGAAGCACAGGGCGAAAAGUGUUUGACGUUACAUCCGGACUUUCGAGACAACAUGUUGUCCAAAGGCGUGCUGAAGAUAGAUGUUUGUCGCUAUCUCGAAGAAAAUUGGCCUUUAGACGAUGGGGAUUUGGAAAAGAUUCACAAGCUCUACCGUCUAGUCUCAUACCAACGAUGCUCACGCUGGAUUUUCCAGAUAUUGGGGAAAAAGAGGCGCAGACCGUUUCCUGCCUGUGUAUAUGCAAGCAUACGAGACUGCUUUGCUUCGCCGGAUGGUCUCUAUACGCAUUUUAAAUAUGCCAAAACAUCAAAGAGGUAAAGCUGGUGUGCUAAACCUUGAUUUUCUGCUGGCCACAACAUGCUCCUUUGAUGGUCUCUCCCUUUCUGCCAAAUACUUUUCAACUAGAGAUUGUGGUUCAGCAGGUAGCAUAUCAUUUGCAUAAACUCUAGCUUUCUUCAGUGAAGGAUACUGGCUUCUCAUCUCAAUGACUUUGUUUAAUAUCAAGUGUAUAUAUUCUGUUAAAUCAGAUGUUAAAAGUUUCUUAAUUUAUAUAUUGGAUUGGAUAAUGGUAUGUUAGGUGAACCUAAAAAUAUGGUGUCAAUACUUACUAUAGGUUGGCUUUUCCUUUAAAGGUUUUGGAACUGCUUUCUCCCCUUUGAAGGCUUUUGGAUAAGAAAUUGCCCAUCUUAACUUUCCAUCAGCAGUUGUUGCUUGCUUCCUAUUGCUGUUCUCAUUGUAGUGCAAGUUUGAGCAGUACAAUCUAAAUAUUAUAAGAAAAUGAUGAGCAGCUACAUAUAAUAUUAUGCAAUACUUGGGUAAAAUAUACAAAGUUUAAAAAAAUUAACCUUGCACUCAGGGAAUGAUAAGAGUGAUAGGUAUUCUUUGAAGCAAACAAGUUAUCUAAAGCAUGUUUGGCCUCCAAGCCUGAUGUUUGGUGAUACUUAGAUAACUUGCGGAUUGCAGCAAUAAGUCGAGGCCUAGUUACCAUUUCUUCUAACUUUUUGUAAGCUGCUGAGCCUGUAAUGAAUAAAAUAUUAUAUAAUAUACAUUGCCAACAUGGAUUUAAUUAUAUUUUUUAUUUAGCCUUACUAACCUUUUUUAAGCCAAUCUCUUUCAACUGGUCCAUGAAGACAUUCAACAAAGAUGCUGUGCUCAGCAUGUUGAUGAAUGUUGACAAUGUGAUUGAG